CGCGGCUGUACGUGCACGUAUGAAGACCGAGGAGCAAACAACCGAGGACGCGGCCCGUCGGGCGCCUGCCACGCGUCGGCAGGAAAAGCCGCCCUUCUCCUACAUAGCCCUAAUUGUGAUGGCUAUUCGCCACUCGCCAAACAAAAGGCUAACGCUUAGCGAAAUAUACGCUUUUCUUCAACAACAGUUUCCCUUCUUUCGUAGCUCUUAUCAAGGCUGGAAGAAUUCCGUACGUCACAAUCUAAGCUUGAAUGAGUGUUUUGUAAAAUUACCAAAAGGAUUGGGAAGGCCAGGAAAAGGCCAUUACUGGACGAUUGAUCCAUCGUCAGAAUUUAUGUUUGAGGAGGGUUCAUUUCGGCGACGACCGAGAGGCUUCCGCCGUAAAUGUCAAGCUUUGAAGCCACAAUUCGGUAGUGGCGGAUACUUAUGUGGAGGUGGAGUACCUGCGUUGCCGCCGUCGCAGCCGUCUGGCUAUGAUCUCGGCAACGGUAGUGCGAGUGCAAACGGCACCACAGGGAUAGAUUAUGGGGCUUGUGCAUAUCCACAUGCAGGAACGAGCCAGCAGUUGGCUUAUGGUGGGGAGUAUUGUUCGUAUGGUGGAAUGGGAGAACGAGAGUGGCCCUUAGCGUACAGUUCGGUGGAACCGGGAUACCGACCCCCAGCGGCAUCUCCGCCGUCGCGUCAUGACCUCCCGGACCUGAUACCCAACUAUCAGUACGCAGUUGCCAAUGAUCAUGGUAUGCGUGGGGUUCACAGCCAGAUGUUACCACCGAGUUCGCUAGGCAGCUCCACACUAAGUAGCGUAAUGAGCUUCGGACAUCAUUUGCCUUCAUCGCUGUCUACCAUUGGUGACUGCAAGCCGCCGACUCCGCUGCCAACACUGUCUUCUCCUUCACCGUCCACAGCGGCUCCUACCAUACACUCAUAUUACGAUCAUAUUAUAUGAAGGAAUUAUUGGAUAAGAUUCAGGACAAGGAAGCAUUGAAGAGACAAAAAGACUACGUUUCAAGAGCAGAGUCAACUUCAAUAUCUUUAAACGAUUCUGAUAGAUUAUAAAUUAAUUAAAAUAGAUAUCUUCCCCGUGAAUAGUAUUUUUUAUAAUAUAGACAUAUUUUUUACGUCUAGUUACUAUAGAUUUUGUAUUAUAAAAUUAUUCCUAAGUAAGCUUAAGUCUUAAACCAAAAAAAGAGUAUCUAAAAUUAAAUAUUUCCAUUAAAUGAUAAGUAAUUUAUGCAUUUUACAGGUUCAAAUUGAAUAUAAAUUAAUAAAUUUAAUGGAGCGUACACAGCUUAAUCUCUCUAGAUAUCCCAAUAACUAUGCUAUCCAUAGAAGGUGUUCGCUUUUCCAGAAUAAAAACCUAAGUACUAAAUAAAAAAUUUUUUUUUCAAUUUAUCUCUCCAUAAAAACUUUCCUCAGAGUUUAAGAAAUAAAAAUAUUCGAAUUGAGUUUUGCGUUUAGCAAAAUAUAAUGCGUUUCAUUUUUAUUUAUAUAGGUUAUCUAUGUAGGGUCUACAGACAUUUUAUUUCAAAUCUGUAUGUUAACUGUCGAACAAUUUAUUUAGGCAAUUGUACUGCUAACUAUUAGUAUUUUUAAAAGAUAUUAAUACAAAAACUACUACGCUGACUACAUUUAUUUCUGCGCAACUUUCUACUCCUUUUCUCAUAAAAAAAAACCAUUCUAUUUUUGGACGGAAAGGUAAAAUUACUGAAGGCACUUAGAUGACAUCUGCAUAGAACAACUAAAACGUACAGCGAUAAACGAAGAGCUUUAAAUUGUUAUUUUAUAUACACGAGAAAUCAAAUUUGAAAGAAUAUUGAGCUUCGACACUGUCUUUUUUUGUCCACGAUCACUACACUGAUGAAACAAUGUUCGCCGCCUCUGAGAUCUAGAGCUUAAAAUAUUAUAACUGAUAAAUCUAGUAUAUAUAUAAUUUAGUUGCAAUUUUGCAUUUUCACUUACUAAUUGAUUCCUAAAUAUGUAAGUUGUUUCUUUUUCAAUAAAAAAAAAUUACAGAA